AUGAAGGCGUUUAUUUCAUGCGUGUUAUGUUUUGAUUCCUCAGGUCGUGAUGUUGAAGGUGGGAUAUUGGGUUUAGUCAAAGGUUAUUAUGGGUGUGUUGAAGCGCAAGUGUUGUUGGAAGGUGCGUUGGAUCCGAAUGAGAUUCGCGAUCAAGUUGUGAAAGAUAACAAUACUGAUUUUCAAGAUCGUUUGCUCGCAUUCUUGGAUAAUAGCAUAUCUAAUUCAUUGCCUGAUGAUCCAGAUCCUUCUUGUGUGGUCCCCUCUACAUCUCAUCAUCCAUGCUCUGUAAAAGGAGUUUCACAAUCCGAUUGGGGCGACAGAUAUCAUACGGCAAGACAAAAGGAUUUGCAUUCUGCUACUUGUUACAAAUACUGGAAAGGACCUCCCCAACCGAAAGAAUGUAGAUUCGGUCUGGAUAACAACAAAUAUUGUUUUGGUGAAAUUACUCUUCGGUGUUUAGAUGGUAUGGUCAAUAAUUUCAAUGAGACGAUGUUGGAGCUUAUUCGGUGUAAUAUGGAUAUUAAGUUUGUUGGAUCAGGCGCAAGUGCGAAGGCCAUUUUGUACUAUAUCACUGAUUAUAUCACGAAAUCUCAGUUGAAGGCGCACGUCGCAUAUGCAGCUCUGGAUCUAGCAUGUUUGCUUCAGAAAUGUGCAUAUUCUAUGAUAUCUCAUCAGGAAUUGUCUGGUCCGCAAGUGUGCUCGUAUUUGUUAGAUCUCGAAGACCAUUUCACUAACCAUUCAUUCAACAACUUAUAUAUCGAUGUGGAAAGUCCGAGUCCUGAAUGCCACGCAAAGUCUUAUGGAAAGAAUAUGCAAGAAUUUGCCAUGCCUCAAGUUGAUGUUGACGAAGCCGAUGGAGAUGUGAAUGAGGACACUGAAGUGGACCAGAUUCCAUAUGACGAUGACAAUAUCGAGGAUGACAUUGAUGAAGAAGUAGUUGUGUCUGUUAAUCACAUAGGAGAAUUGAGUGCCAAACCAUCGCAGCUUUUGGACUAUAGAUUGCGGGUGACAACGAACAUCGAUUUGGUGAAAAUGAGUCAAUUUUGA